CCAUAAUAAACUCAAACGAGAAGAAGCAGAAGAAGAAGAAGAAAAUGGCGAUGUACAGAAGCUUGAUCAUGCGGCCACCUCUAACAAAUCGUGUGAUAAUCUUGAGGCGCAAGCGUAACCUUCAUUCACACCGUUUAAAGCCGGAGUCUGUAUAUCCCCUCAUCGUACCAUCCAAGACCGCAAAAAGUAGAAUAGCAAAGAGACAAAGAGAGGAAGAUUACAUGAAUGAAGUUCGUUCCGCAACGGUAGAUGACAAACUACGACUACUCACCAAGAUUCAGCGAAUGAAAUACAUCAUGUUCCCACAGACAUUUGCACUUAAUGCGGACAAGUGGUACCAACACUUUACCAAGACCGCAUAUUUGCAUGGUCUUCCUGAUCAAUUUUCAGUUGAAUUAAGUGAAAACACAAUGUUUCAAGUCUCAACGAAAGCGCCAGUUAACGGUGACGAUAAGGCCCUUUUAGAUCUCCGGUCCUUGGUCUGCAAUUCGAUUCUGCAGGAGAACAUGUACCUGAAGAAAACUAAAAUAUUUCUACAAAAAGAGCAGCAAACGUUCGCUUCACCGUUCCUCGGAAACCUUGUCUCUGGUAUCGCCAGCGCCUUGGCCAAAUACAGCCCUUUACUUAAAGUGUCAUGUCUCGAUUUCAAUCCACAAGUGAAUUUCUACUGGAUGAAAGGGGACAGGACUAUUCCAGCGGGACACCGGAGAGGUCGAAUAGAACCCGUCAGGUUCCAGAUUGAUGACAAACCCAACUGUCAGAUCAGGGUCCCACAACAACUUCCAGAGAUGCUGCCACUAGAGACGGAAAUUUCUGCAGAGGUUCCUGAGAUCAGAUACGGUCCUGAACUGCUUCCUUUGUAUAGGAGGCAGUAUGAAAACCGCAUUUUCACCGGGUCCAAACUUGCUGACCCUUGCAGCUAUGGCCACACGCAGUUCCACCUUGUAAUGGAUCGUUUUCUGAGGAGAAACCUUUGCAAGGCAAACCUUGAUGACCAGAUUGAGGUUCGCUUGAGGGCCAAUGCUAUUGCCAGUCUCUUUGCCUGGACUGGAGCGCAGGCUGUGUAUCAAGGUUUCUGGAGUCAUGAAGAUUUGACGAGGCCAUUUGUGUCACAAGCCAUAAUCACUGAUGGACAGUGCUUCUCUUUCUUCUGCUACCAGCUGAAUACACUGGCUUUGAAUGACUCUGACAAUCCAAGAAAGAACCUUUGCUGGGGCACUGGAAGCAUGAGGCUGUACGAAGCCAUACAGGAUGGGAAUGUGAUUGGGUUGGACAACAAUGUCCUGAAACUUCUGGUCAAGUUCUUGUUAAAUGGAGCUAAGGGAGAUAUAUGAUAUGAUGUAGGGGCGACACUGGCUCAGGCGGUAAGAGCAGUCGUCUGGCAGUCGGAAGGGUUGCCAGUUCGAUUCCACCCUGGGUGUGUCGAAGUGUCCCUGAGCAAGACACCUAAAUGCUCCUGAGGUGCUGUGAAUGGUUGAAUGAGAAGCAAUGGUGCAGCACUUUGAAUAAAGGCACUAUAUAAAUGCCAGCCAUUUACCUUUUACCAUGAUGGGAGAUAUGAAUGCAAGUCAGUGAUUUUCAGUCUGGGUGAAACAGUAAUUAAAGAUGGUGUGGUAUUCUAAA